AGUUUGCACGUUUGCAUUCUGCACAUGGGGGAAAGAUGUACCAUGCUGCAGCCCUGAUGGUGUUUUCAUUGCCUUAUGACCCAAUUAGCUGAUCAGUACAGUAGCUAGGACAAUCACAAUGAACAUUCACGAGCCCGCAUAUGUGGCCAAUUUCACGGGAGCCGCCAACUGCUACUCGGCGGUCACUUGGUCGCCCGACAACAAAAUCAGCGCGAUCACCAACGAGGCAGUGCGGGUUCUGGGUUCACCUUGUUCUCCUCAUGAGAGUAACUACCCUCUCCAGCUCAACAAGGCAAUGAUACCGAAUCCAGAAGAACCGUUUGAUAUUGCCACAACUCCUUAUGACUCCGAUCUCGCGGACCUGGACGUUGAUGAUCGGCACGCACUGAUGAUGGACAUCACGCUUUCACCUGACAGCGCUAAUGCUGUCCUACACAAAACAUACCACAGGGCUGUGUGGUCUCCAACGCAUCUGGGGGGCAAGAACAGGUGCAUUCUCGCAACCCUGACUCGGGACCAUCGAAUUCAGAUCUGGAUGGAGAGCACCGAAGCAUGCUGGGAAUGUCUGGCGGAGCCCUCUCAGCUACAUUACGAUCGAGCCAAAGAGUCGUGGACUUCACCUCGCAAGCGACAGCCACUUGAGAGGGCGUCAGCCUACUCUAAAUGCGUCUUCGACCUCCUGCGAGAAAGGAGCUACUCUGUGGCUGCUCUCGAAAUUGUGUGGUCUCACCUCAUUGAGGAUAAUGAGGCGACGUCGUUCGCUCUCCUCAUAGAGGUCACACGCGGUGGGCAACUUCUAGUAUGGAAGGUACCAGUUUUUACUCGCGGCCAGAGUUUUGAAGUAGAGCUCUUGAAGGAAGUGGACACUAGCAUCAUGCAGGCUGGUCGUCUUUGUUGGCAUGAAACAUCCAAGACCUCUGGUAUCUUGGUAGCAGGCUCUGAUGAUGGUAGUGUGACCUUGCGAACAGUGGCACUCUGCAGUGGAGACGAAAAAGUGCGGCUGGGCGAACCGCUUGUCCUACGGGAGAGCGACGGGAGACCAGCACAGCACGUGGUUUGCGCACGCAGCAAAGAGGACAGCUACCUGGUGUGUGUGGCCAAAGGCCGCAUCCUGUACUGCUUUCGGGUGACUGUGGAUGCCGACAGUGGCAGAGCACAACUGUUGCACAGUGCCUUCACCCGUGAUGCCUGUGUGUCAUUUGUCACAGCCCUUGACAAGUGCCCAAGUGAUGAGCACGACCUCCAUGUGCUUGCCUGCACGAUGAAUGCAGAGAUUGUGAACGUUCGUAUUGACAAUGAUCUCAACUUCAACAUUGACAAAAUCUCCAUUGAGCUACCCUGGAUGCUUCAACCCGUAGGCCUGGCCGUCUCGCCUAAUGGUGUCUAUUUUGCAAUGCUCUAUAACAUCACCACCAUGGUCCACGAGAGUAUCAUCAAGGAGCCUCUGCAGCUCAUGAUCUACAACCGGACAGAUGUGGCUGACGUGUCCAAGUUGCUUCUAAGUAAGGCAAGAACAGACAGCACCACAACAGAUAUCCAGCUUACAAACAUUCUGGAUUGUCUCGACCGGAUUCAGUCGUACAGCUGCGGCAAAGCGAACCUGCCGGAGGAACUGAAGGUGUACAUGACGGAUGUCAGUGCAGUCGGGUCUCUCGAAAAAAUCUCCAGAUUUGGACUUCAGCUGUUCUGUUUUCUCAAGAAGGUGGAAGGAACCCUAAACAAGUCCACUGAGCCAGACCAAGACUUUACCUGGGCAUGCAUGGAGCUAAUGCGGCGACACAUUUUGGCCGUUGUCAGCGAUUGCAACGAAGGCCAACUAACCGAACCUCAGAAGUCAUCACUACGACUCUUCUACAACUGGUUGUCCACCACAGGAGUGGAGACGCAAGAGCGGAUCUCCCGGCUUUUCGCUCCCGAGCCAGUGGCCAGUGCGGUGGCCUCCGUUGCGGGAGGAGAGCUCAUCGUUUUCGAAGAGUGCCCCAUUUGUGAAGACGCCAUCCCUUUCCAGGAUCUAAACAACGGCACUUGUGGCCAGGGCCACCGAUUCGGCCGGUGUGUCAACUCUAUGUUGGUGUGCUCCCAGACUCCAAUGAGGUACUGCAGUACUUGUCAGCAGUGUGCGCAACGCAAAAGUGUCUGGCCAGAUGGGGAGGUUUGCCUGUACUGUGGCAAGUGGCUUCUGUAAACUGGCCAAUGAGUGAUGCUGCGUGUUUCAAUAAGCUAUACUAUGAGUUCCUUGGACAUGUUUUCUCCGAAUAUCUGAAGUUUUCUCGGAUCUGUGUUUCCUUGCGCGUUAAGUGAGAUAUCUGCGUAGCACAACGCUGACUGCAGCCCAUUCAUAGCUUGCCACACUACUCGGAUGAGUAGCAACAACGAGGGAUAUUGUGGAAGCAGCACGAGCGACUGUUCAGACAACUGCAGCGCAGGUCAAAAGUUGCAGUGGUGCAAGAUGGAAUCUCGUGAGUUUCAGGGUCCACAUGCUCUAGCUCUAGGCUACUGCUCAGGUGUACAGUUGUGUAAAUAGCAGGUAUCUAUGUCAGCUCAUAAUAAAUAACGACAGUCUUUGA